GAAGACGGAUAAAAUUAAAAGCGUGCGACUGAGAUUUUCGAAAAGUUUAAUUCAUCUUCAUUCCUCGGUGUUUUUCUUAUUUGCUUCAUCACAACUAUCUGAAAAAUUACGUUAGGCUAUAGAAAAUGGACAACGGUUUCACGUUAAACCUCACUGAUAGUAGUAAACCCACUCAAAAUGUUCCAAAGGCAAAACCUAUAUCACACCAAGAAUAUGUUAAAGAUAAACUGCCUCUUGUUAGCUUUGCCUCAAAGCCUCGACAGACUGUGAAGUCAGAUGGUGUGAAGAAACCUGCAUUUUUAGUAGUGCGGAAAAAAGCCUCACUUCUUCAGAAGAAAACCUUGAGUGAAGUGAAAAAUUUUGCAACUACCAAUCCCCAAUCUAUAUCUAAAGCUGCUGACCAGCAGUCAAGUCACAAAACCGAACCACAGAAAACAACGCCAGAUGAUGCUGGAAAAUUUGGAGCAGAAUCAAAUUUCAAGGCUGUGAAACCCAAAAAAGCAACAAAAAAAUCUUCAUCAAAUAGAAAAUCAAAUUGGGCUGUUUCAGAUCAAUCCAAGUCAUCAACAGCUGGUUACAACAACACAGGCAUCAUAUCAUCACUUUUCUUCAAAAACCCUGAAAUUCCUGAAGUCACUAAAGACCAUGUAGAAGCUACAGAAGAAAAUGUAUUUUCAUCUCAGAGCUUUUCAGCUUUGAAAAUCCAUAAAUAUUUGAUAACAACUUUGGAGAAAGAUUUAAAUUUAAAACAAAUGACUGAAGCACAAUCUAGGACAAUCCCAAUCCUUCUGGACAAGAAAGACGCGCUCGUAAAGUCUCAGACAGGAAGUGGGAAAACUCUAGCAUAUGCUAUCCCAAUAGUAGAGAAAUUACAGAGCAUUACUCCAAAAAUUGACAGAACCUCUGGUGUAUUUGCACUUGUUAUUGUUCCCACAAGAGAAUUGGUUUUGCAAACUUAUACAUGGUUCACUAAAAUACUAAAGGCCUUUACUUGGGUUGUGCCCGGCUACUUGAUAGGUGGCGAGAAGAAGAAAUCAGAAAAGGCGCGUAUACGAAAAGGAAUGAACAUUUUAAUUUCUACUCCCGGUCGCUUACUUGACCAUUUGAGUUCAACACGGAAUCUCAAUCUUGGUCGCCUUCAUUGGCUUGUCAUGGAUGAGGCCGAUCGACUUCUUGACAUGGGUUAUGAAAAAGACGUGGCUAGAAUUCUUAGCAUUGUACAAGAGCAUUUCGUGAAAGAAGGCUGCAUUGGGAGACGACAAAAUGUGAUGGUUUCGGCUACAUUGAGUAAAGGUGUAGAAAAACUAGCUGGACUGACUUUAACGGACCCUGAGUACAUAAAAUUGUCGGAAGACGACAGCGAAAAUCAAGAUCAGUUAGUAACACCAACAAAUUUGAAGCAGUCGUACAUCAUCGUUCCACCAAAACUCCGGCUGGCGACGCUAGCAGCUUUCAUCCUGUGGAAGUGCACGAUAUCCACCGAAAAGAAAGUAUUGAUUUUCAUGACGACGCAGGAUUCCGUAGAUUAUCACGCUGAGCUUUUCAAUAGAGUGUUAGCAAAACGAGAAGAUCGAACCUCAAUAAGUUUUUACAAACUACACGGCAGCAUGCCUCAGAAGGAUCGGACAUCUAUCUUUAAAGAAUUUCGUGACACUGAGAGCGGUGUCCUGUUGUGCACAGAUGUGGCUGCCCGUGGUCUGGAUUUAUCGGCCAUCGACUGGAUCGUUCAGUAUAAUCCACCUGUAACGGCAGAAGAAUAUGUUCACAGAGUGGGCCGAACAGCUCGAGUCGGCAAAUGUGGCCAAGCAAUAAUUUUUUUGGCACCACCCGAAACAGAUUUCGUUCAUCGAUUGGCCAAUAGAGGCAUCAGUGUUGUCGAGAAGAAUCCAGAUGCCAUAUUAAAGACGUUGACCACUUCAUGGUCAAAGACGACACAAACAAUGGAGCAAGCAGCCACUUCUAUUCAACUUUGCUUUGAAGAAUGUGUUAUCGAGAGUUACAAUGUUUAUGAAAUGGCCACCAAAGGGUAUGUGUCGUUCGUUCGAUCGUACGCAGCUCUCCCGAAAGACGUCCGCGAUGUCUUCAAUUUUCAGUCGCUUCACUUGGGUCACUACGCCAAAUCGUUCGCCCUCCGUGAUCCGCCUGCGCAGAUCAACACCAAUGGUCGAAUGGGUCAACGAAACGACCGCAUCCAGCCAUUUAACACGGCACGUCAACGCAAUCCGGCUCUUCUGAAACGGGCAGCCGCUCAAGCACUCGGAUCGGAAGGAACUCAACACCAGCCAAACUUUUACGAACGUCAAGCCAUGCUCUCGGAAUAUUCCAGCGGAUUGGAUCCGGCCCCGGCUAAGAAAAUGAAAGUUCGUCCGACUUCUGCAGCUGCCCUUGAAAUGCGGAAUCCAUGCUAAUGAAAUGAUGAUUUACUCUUGACUUACUAUAUCUUCAAUUGUUUGUUUGUCUUUUCGAAGAAAUUAACUACAAUUAAAAAUUGUUCUACCUAA